AUGCGUGAGUGCGAAUCCUGCGUGUGCUCAACUCGCUACACUGUGAACUGUAACCCUCCUCUCCUCUCAGCUCGCUACACUGAACUAACCCUCCUCUCCUCUCAGCUCGCUACACUGUGUGUGAACUGUAACCCUCCUCUCCUCUCAGCUCGCUACACUGUGCGCUCUUUUGGAAUCCGGAGGAAUGAGAAGAUCGCAGUGCACUGCACUGUCCGCGGAGCCAAGGCAGAGGAGAUCCUGGAGAAGGGGCUCAAGGUCCGGGAGUACGAGUUGAGGAAGAACAACUUCUCAGACACUGGCAACUUCGGCUUCGGCAUCCAGGAACACAUCGACCUGGGAAUCAAGUACGACCCGGGCAUCGGGAUCUACGGGCUGGACUUCUACGUGGUUCUGGGACGCCCCGGCUUCAGCAUCGCUGAUAAGAAGAGGAAGAGGGGCCGCAUCGGAUCCAAGCACAGGAUCGGGAAGGAGGAGGCCAUGCGCUGGUUCCAGCAGAAGUACGAUGGCAUCAUCCUCCCUGGCAAAUAAACAGCUUGAAUUUGUUAUUUUUGAUGAGAAUAAAAAAAUUAAAAUCUGCCAA